GUCGGGAAGGGCUUCUGGAGCUACUAAUUGUGCAGCCGCAUUUAUCUCCAGAACAAUACUAAACGUGAGGAAGGGCAAGAACCUCCAGUUGGCAACUAAGGAAGAGUUUCAGAGAACUUAAAUGAUGGCACAGCGACAACACAGAAAAGAUGGGAGAGGAAGCCAAUGAUGACAAAAAGCCAACGACUAAAUUUGAGCUAGAGCGGGAAACAGAACUUCGCUUUGAGGUGGAAGCGUCUCAGUCAGUACAGUUGGAAUUGUUGACUGGCAUGGCGGAAAUCUUUGGCACAGAGCUGACCCGAAACAAGAAAUUCACGUUUGAUGCUGGUGCAAAGGUGGCAAUUUUUACUUGGCAUGGCUGUUCUGUGCAACUGAGUGGCCGUACCGAGGUGGCUUACGUCUCUAAAGAUACCCCUAUGUUGCUUUACCUCAACACUCAUACAGCCCUAGAGCAAAUGCGAAGGCAGGCCGAAAAGGAAGAAGAGAGAGGUCCCCGAGUGAUGGUAGUGGGCCCCACUGAUGUGGGCAAGUCCACAGUAUGUCGCCUUCUGCUGAACUACGCAGUGCGUUUGGGACGUCGUCCUACUUAUGUGGAGCUAGAUGUGGGCCAGGGUUCUGUGUCCAUCCCUGGUACUAUGGGAGCCCUCUACAUUGAGCGGCCAGCAGAUGUUGAGGAAGGUUUCUCUAUCCAGGCCCCUCUGGUAUAUCAUUUUGGUUCUACAACCCCUGGAACCAACAUCAAGCUUUAUAAUAAGAUUACAUCACGUUUGGCGGAUGUGUUCAACCAAAGGUGUGAGGUAAACCGAAGGGCGUCUGUGAGUGGCUGUGUCAUUAACACCUGUGGCUGGGUGAAGGGCUCUGGUUACCAGGCCCUGGUGCAUGCAGCCUCAGCUUUUGAAGUGGAUGUGGUUGUGGUUCUGGAUCAAGAACGACUGUAUAAUGAACUCAAACGGGACUUGCCUCACUUUGUCCGUACUGUGCUGCUCCCUAAAUCAGGGGGUGUAGUGGAGCGCUCCAAGGACUUCCGGCGGGAAUGUAGGGAUGAGCGUAUCCGUGAGUAUUUCUAUGGAUUCCGAGGCUGUUUCUAUCCCCAUGCUUUCAAUGUCAAAUUUUCAGAUGUGAAAAUCUACAAAGUUGGGGCACCCACCAUCCCAGACUCCUGUUUACCUUUGGGCAUGUCUCAGGAAGACAACCAGCUCAAGCUAGUACCUGUCACACCUGGCAGAGAUAUGGUGCAUCAUCUUUUGAGUGUUAGCACUGCUGAGGGUACAGAGGAGAACCUUUCUGAGACAAGUGUGGCUGGUUUCAUUGUGGUGACCAGUGUGGACCUGGAGCAUCAGGUGUUUACUGUUCUGUCUCCAGCGCCCCGCCCAUUGCCUAAGAACUUCCUUCUCAUCAUGGAUAUACGGUUCAUGGAUCUCAAGUAGAGAUCAGCAAGAAGCCUUGUUUUCUGGGGCAUAGAGAUCUUCUGGCCACACCAAAGGCCAGUGGGCUGAGAUAAGAGAAUCUGUUGAGGUCAACUGACCAGGAAACUGGACUUGUAGAAAGGAUGUGUUCUACCUCUUAAAAUAUGUGGUAAUAACUAAACUCUUAUAUUAAACCAAAAGAAGAAAUGUGAAAAAAUUUUAAUUACUUUCUUAGAUCACCUAAGGUGCCACUUUGAAUACUCUAAAACCCUGGAAAAUUGCAUUUUUUUUUACUGUCCUUCCACGUGGACUUUUUUUAAAUCACCACUUCAUG